AUGGGCUGGGUCAAUGGGAGCAGCCCCGGGGAGUUCGUGCUCUUGGGCUUCUCGGACCGCCCGUGGCUAGAGCUGCCCCUCUUCGUGGUGUUCCUGGUGUCCUACAUUUUGACCAUCCUCGGCAAUCUGGCCAUCAUCCUGGUGUCGCGCCUGGACCCCAAGCUGCACACACCCAUGUACUUCUUCCUCACCAACCUGUCGGUGCUGGACCUGGGCUACACCACCAGCACCGUGCCGCAGAUGCUGGCCAACCUGCGCAGCGCGCGCAAGCUCAUCAGCUACGCCGGCUGCGUGGCGCAGCUCUUCAUCUUCCUGGCCCUGGGCUCCACCGAGUGCCUGCUGCUCACCGUCAUGUCCUUCGACAGGUGCGUGGCCAUCUGCCGGCCCCUGCACUACCCGGUCGUCAUGCACCGGCGGCUCUGCCUGCAGCUGGCGGCGGCCUCCUGGCUCAGCGGCUUCGGCAACUCGCUGCUGCAGUCCAGCUGGACCGUGCGCAUGCCGCUGUGCGGCCGCCGCCACGUGGACCACUUCUUCUGCGAGGUCCCGGCCCUGCUCCGGCUGUCCUGCGCCGACACCACGGCCAACGAGGCCGAGCUCUUCUUCAUCAGCGUGCUCUUCCUCCUCGUCCCCACCGGGCUCAUCCUCGCGUCCUACGCCCUCAUUGGCCGCGCGGUGCUGCGCAUGCGCUCGGGCGGGCGGCGCAAGGCCUUCGGGACCUGCGGCUCGCACCUGGUGGUGGUGUCGCUCUUCUACGGCACCGCCAUCUACAUGUACCUGCAGCCACCCUCGCCCGCCUCCAAGGACCGCGGCAAGAUGGUGUCCCUCUUCUAUGGGGUCAUCGCGCCCAUGCUGAACCCCCUCAUCUACACGCUCAGGAACAAGGACGUGAAGGGGGCUUUGAAGGGUUUGAUCCGAAGGGCCUUCGCCCCCCAGUGA